UUUUUAUUAUGAAUGAUUACGUUUUCAUACCAGGCCCCUCCAGCGUGUCAGCAGUUAAUGGACGAUGUGGAAAGCACAAUACGUCAUGCAAUCGUCGAAGAAGAAGGAGUUCCUAUUGAAACAGUUACAAACUUUGAAGAGGUAAGAAAAAACAUACAUUCAAAGAAGAAAAGUCUUAAGAAAAGAAAAAAGUAGACUUGUUAUCCAUUGUAGUGCGAUUUACAUGACGUAGCGUACGAACAGAAAAAUUCUGACCAUAAUAUAAAAUUUAUAAAUAUGAAUAAAUUGCAUGCUAUGAUGCUAUUCUCCGACAUUACUUCAUAAAUAUGUUUUCUUACGUUGUGUGUUCGAGUGAGCCCAAAAGCUACUGCUGAAAAUAAAGCCCAAAUCAGGCGGCAAAUUUUAAUAUAAAAACUAUAAAAAUAUAAAAAAUAUAUAUUUUUUAUAUUAAAAUUUGCCGCAUGAGUUAGGCUCUACUGAAGUACAACUUUGUACGUUAUGUUAUGUUUUUAUGUAGGUGUGUGAAGAAAUCAAAGGAAAACUCGAAUCAUUGCGAGACACCCCAAAUCGGCUAGAAAACCCGAUGAUUUAUCAUUUGGACGUCGGCGCUAUGUAUCCCAAUAUAAUUUUGACAAACCGCUUGCAGGUAUAUGAUGUUCUAACCGGACGUACUAAUUAUCAAGCAGGAAAAAACUCAAAACGCAACCAUAACCAUAGAGAAGAUUCCCACACCAACAUGACCGCCAUUAACUUCAUAUAUGCAUAGCAGAUGAACUACUAGCUUUUAGAUCAGUGCUGAAGGGGGGGGGGCACAGGGCAUUUUGCCUCGGGAUCCCAGCUCAAAAGGACCCCCCUAAAGUGCCUUAAAUUUCUUGAUAAAAGAUCACUUAAACUGAGAAUAUAAAUCCUAGCUGCGCCAGUACUGGAUAAUAUGCAAUAUGGUGAAAUAUAUUGUAAAACACCGCUUCUUAUGUUUUACAAUUAUGACGUCAUAGCAGCCCUUGGGAAAGUUUGCAUGCACAACCUCUCGGUCGCCUGCUGAUUACCAAAUUUUACAUCGCCCAACCCCCGAGGUCUCGUCAUAUUAAAAACUGCAUAUGUUGUAUUUGGAUGUUUUACCAUAUUGUGAUUCCAAAUCACACAAGAAAAAUGAGAUUUAAUGGGGCUUCAAAUUUAAUGGAGUUUCGGUGGCCAAGUGGUUAGUGCACUUGCCUUUCACUUCUGAGGCCGCAGGUUCAAGCCUCAGUGAGAACUUUCUCAAUGCGCCUCGAACCCAGUCCUCAUGUGAAAAGAGUAAAAGUCAACGCUCUGCUGAAAGUCGUGAGUUUUCCCCGGGUACUCCGGUUUCCUCCCACAGGGAAAGUUGACAGGGUGGGUUAGGUGAAAGGGCCCACAGUAAUUGGCAUAUGCUGUUGUGGUGACACUGCCCUAGUUGGCAAAGCUAAAUAAAUAAAUAAGAUUUGGUGUGGUAUGUUGUACCUAACGAAUCUUAUUUAAUGAUUUGCGUUUUGUCCACAGCCUUCAGCAAUGGUGGAUGAGACAACAUGUGCAAGAUGUGAUUUUAACAAACCUGGUGCGAAAUGCCAACGUGAUAUGAAGUGGAUGUGGAGAGGAGAAUAUUGUAUGUUUAGAGAUGAUCUUUUAACCAUAAUUUAUAUACUUUUUUAGUUUUUAUUUAGUUAUUUUUGUGUUUAUUCAUUCAUCUAUAUGGUAUAUCCAUGCAUAUUUAAUUACAGUAAAUAUCUGCAAUAUUCCGUAAAUAAAUAAAGCUUUCUCAUAUUUUGUUCAGCGCCAGCAAGUCGAAAUGAAUAUCAGACAAUCAAGCAGCAGCUGGAAGUAGAGAAAAUCCCAGGUUUAGAACCUGGAGAUCCUCCGCGAUCAUUUCAUUCUUUAAUGAAUUCUGAACGAGCGCAGAUGGAAAAGAAACGACUUGCAGGUUUGCUACACGAAAUGCUUAUUUCCCUUAUUGUUACCCUUUAUGAAAUUUGACAUUUAACAAUUUUUGAAUGAGGUUGAUAUAAAAAAUUAUCAAGCCCGAAGUUUGUGUCACCCUGUAAAGAAUUCCAGUAACAGCGUCUGGACAGCAGAAACUUUACACUAUAUAUCCUCGAGAUCUCUGAGUGAUUUGAAGAACACCGCGGAAAAACGUCUGCGCAUGCGUCAACCUUACCUGUAAUAGUAUUGCGAACUUGAUGAGAAGCUGUUCCGAACGUUCCCGAAGGCUCAAAAUGGCGGUAAAAAGGAGUGACUUCAUUGUGCGUCUUUACAGCCAGAUUUCAAGCGCAAAAAUAAACAUGUCAUUCUAAAAACUAGAAAUAAAUACAGCCAGAAGGUUCAAGAAAUUGUAUUGUACAAGAACAUGAACUAAAGGUGAUUGUUGCAAGCCCGUAGCUGGCUCUCAAUUUCUGGGGGGGCACUGCAGAAAGAAUGUAACAGAGGGUUUGAGAUGAGAAAAUUUUUUUUCCCUAAUUUUAUUUGGCGCCCCCCCCCCGUCGCCAAAAAAAUUUCGGUCAGUGUACCAUUUUAAUUUUUUCCGGACAUACCAAUUUUUUCCGGACAUACAAAAUUUUUCAGAAAACUAACAAAAUUUUUCGAAAAAUCACAAAAUUAACCACAAAAUUUACAGAAUUUGUCCCAUGAUUACAAUUGGUUUCCACAUCUUUUAUCUCUAUUUUUAAUACCAAAUUUCGGAGUGGGGGGGCACUGGGGGGCACUGCCCCACCGAGCGAGGGGGCAUUGCCCCCCCAGGCCCCCCCUCAGCCACAGAAUAGAAAAUAGACCAUUGUCUUUUCUGUGCCUCAGCUACGGGCCUGGAUUGUUGACAAAUUUAUCAUGUGAAACAUUUUGUUUAUCAACUAUUAAAGCAAUGACAAUUUCCGAAUUUUCGUUUGAGAUACAUUUCUUUAAAAAAAACUGUGUCGCCAAAUAUAAAAAAUUUGCGUGUUCACAAUAAUUAAACUUUAGGAUUUAUUCUACAAUAUGAGUGGGUUAAGAAGCUUAACUUUUCGAGAGUUUUCUUAACUUUUUAGUUUGAAUUUUUGUUUUGAAUAAUUUUGCAAAAAUUUUCGAAGUCGUGUCCGUUAAAAUCAACAUUUUUUUACAUGAAUUAUAUUUUAUUCCAUACUUUAAAUGCCAGGACGCUUUCAAUUAAUGUCUAGUCUACCCAUUUGCUAUAUUUUCUCGUUUGUUUUACUAAUUUUGACCAAUUAAUAAGCAUGUUUUUGUUUUAGAAAUUGAUAUUCAAAUUCCCCGCCAUAUUUUCAUAAUUUGGUGCAUGCGCAGACGUUUUUCCGCUGUGUUGAUUUGAAGAUUUUGCCAGAUGCUGGAUGCACGUAAAGUAUCUCCAUAUAUUGCUGUCAUGUACUGAUCAUUCAGAAACUCGUGAUGCAAUGUGACGUAGAAAACGUGUUUACAUCAGUCCAAACCAAACUCAAUAUCUCAAAAAAUGAAAGAGAUAUGGAAAAACUUUAAAGAAUGCUAUUCUAUCAUUUUAGAAGUUCUUUCCACUAAAAGUUUAAUUAAUGCAGAACGUAAUACUGGUGUCAUAUGUCUUUAACCGAAUUUAUAAUGUUUGCAAUUUCUUUAGAAUACUGUCACAAAGCUUACAAAAAGACUAAAAUAACCAAAGUUGAAGAAAGAGAAACAACAAUUUGUCAAAGAGAGAAUUCAUUUUACGUCGAUACUGUGCGGGCCUUUCGAGAUCGUAGAUACGAAUUCAAAGGACAACUUAAGGUGAGUAUUGUGUCCCAUGCAGUUAAUUGGGUCAAUCAAUCAAUUCAUCAAUCAAUAAUUUGUUUAUACACGUGAUACCUGGAAUACAAGAGUCGUAGCAACGCUCACGUGGCAUUAAUGUAUUUUAAUAUUGUAUUUUAAUUAUGUUGAUUAUGGGCAAUGUUCGACUGGAUUUUAGCAAUUAAGGCAUGUAGUCUUGGUAGGAGCCUGUAGUUUAUAACCCAACCCAAACUUCACUGACAUCACCCAAAAUCCUACCUGAUUAUGAGGUCGUCCAUAACCAACAAAAUUUUCACAAGAGCGACAAAGAGUACUCCUUUUUUCGCCCUCCGAAAGUGUAUAUUGAUCACUAACAGUAUAGUCUCGGCCUUCGGCGUCGACUGCAUGAUAUAACACUUACUUCAUGCACCCUGACUUAGAUAUUUGGGGAUAUCACAAAUUCUAUCCUUUUAUUUAAGAUCUGGAAAAAGAAGUUAUCGGCUGCGAUGGAUAAAGGUGAUGCACAGGAAAUAAAAAGGUAAAUGAUCCAGACCAUCCAUGACCAUGAUAAACAUGAGGUUGUGUAAUGCUGGAAGUUUUUCUUAAAACCUAUAUCGAUUUCAACUACGUCUACGAAUUGAAGAAUAUAAGAGUACUGUCAAGUGUUUGGGUGUUGUACUAUAGUUUUCUUGGAAUAAAGUUACAUAUACUGCAGUAUAAACCAAUUUUCUUGUAGUUGCAAAAGUAAAGAAGUUCUGUAUGACUCACUGCAGCUUGCUCAUAAAUGCAUUCUGAAUUCUUUCUACGGUUAUGUCAUGAGAAAAGGGUGAGUUGAUGAAGUUGUGUUUUCUUCAUUAAUGUACACCACAUGUAUGUUAUUUACUUGAAAGCCCUUCUCUGAAGCAUAUGUAUAAUUUUACGAAAUUUUUAUCACAGCACUUUCUGUAGUCAAUAUGGGGUCUAGCUUGCCAGUCAGGAGUUAACUUGUACUCCCGGGACGACGCCCUUUAUAUUGACUGAAAGUACAACCAUGCCUGCCCACUAAAAGCAAUCAAUGACAAGAAUUUUUUUAAUGAAAUCAGGGGGUUUUUUCACGGAAAAAUAGAGAAUUGUGUGCAAGUGAAUUAUAGAAAACGGUGAAUUUUUGUUCGCUUUAUCGCACACAUUUCGAAUAUAUAAUUUACAUUAUGAAAUAUACACAAUAGGCAGUUGUGAACUAAUCCACACGCUAUCAUUCAAUUUAUGGCGGCCUUACUACUAUGUAUUUGAACGAUUUUGGGUAAUUUUCUUUGUUCGGUUUUCGGUCGAGGUAAUCUUAUCGUGAUGGCCAUUUUUUUAAAUAAUCAUACGUUUACAAAGACAUAUAGAAUAUCACACUUGACAGUAAAAACCUAUAACAUUGCACCUUAGUUUGCUUUGUAGAUAACUUUUUAUGAAUGUUUUCAGGGCCCGCUGGUAUUCAAUGGAAAUGGCUGGUAUUGUUUGUUGCACUGGUGCCAGCAUCAUAAAAAGGGCAAGAGAGAUAGUUGAACAAAUUGGGUAGGCGCACAUUUUUGCCUGUCACCCGUUUAUUUAAAACAUACUGAAAUAUAUGAAGACGAAAGAGUAUACUCAAACUUUCGAAUGCAACUGCAUAAAACUCUUACUGCAUGCAUGGAGUAUUCACUGCCGAAAAAAAACUCGCAACAAUUUUUAGAUGCAUUUCACUUAAAAGAAUCGUCAAAACUAUAAAAUAACCUCUUUAACAGAAUUUCGUUUACGUCAUGCUUUACUAUAGUGACAUAAUUCAGUUGUCUUGGUAUGCAUCAUCUUUCUAUGGUAUGCAUGCAUCCAGUGCAAACAAAUUUACGUUACACCUUCGGCCGAACAAGCAAACACUUGCAUUUUCAAUUUUAAUCCGCUAGUAGAAAAGAUAGCUGAUAUUUAACGGUAACUCAUACAAAAUGUGACUGUGUAAAUUACUUUGCACUGCAUGUGUAUAACGAAAACUGAAUUAUUUCCCCCAAGAAAGCACGUAAACAACAUUCUAUCAAGGUUAUAUACUUUAUAGCUUUAACGAUUCUUUCAACGGGACAAUAAACAUUUUUGCUUCUUGUCACGUUUAAAACUAUAGUCAUUAUUGAAGCUUGUUGACAAAAAGGUUGCCCCACGGAGUGUUUCUGAACAAUUGAUGUAACGCUAGAGAAAUUAGAAGACAGCAAAUAUACAACUGGAGCUCAUGGUAUAAUUGUUUAAUAUAUCUUAUUUGUGUAGUCGUCCUUUGGAACUUGAUACAGACGGAAUUUGGUGCAUUCUUCCUGCUAGUUUUCCUGAAAAUUUCCAGGUACGUUUUCUUAUAGCAUUCAAGGCAUAGUCAAAUUAAAGACUAUUCACCACCUGUGGUUCUUGAUAUUUUAGGUGACUACAACACAUCCUAAGAAAAGCAAGGUUACUAUUUCCUAUCCUGGUGCAAUGUUGAAUAUUAUGGUUAAGGUGAGUGGAGAUAAAAGAUACAUUGCAUUGGAAAACGCACCCGUAUUCAAUACUGUAUAUAGUCGCAAAAUACCUCGAAGUAGUUAACAAUAUUUGUUUACUUGUGUUGUAGAAUUAUUUUACGAAUGAUCAAUAUCAAGAACUGGUGGACAGAGAAGAUAUACGGUACACCAUCAGAAGCGAGAAUUCCAUCUUUUUUGAGGUACAGGGUCUGGUCCAUUUUUAAAAUUAUAUCAAUUGAAAUUUUUAAAAAUCUAUUAAUAUCAAUUAAUAUCAAUUAUCAAUUUUGUUUUCUUGUAAACUAUAUACAACCCAAGGCGGAUAUAUUCGGAAAGAAAAGCCGCCCUAUAUAACCUUGAUUUUCAACAAAGAUUGCUUGUGUAUAAUGCUAUUUUAUAUGGAGUCGAUUGAUUAACAAUUUUCGAGUGUUUAAUAACGUCUCAUGCAAACUUACAUGCAGUAUCUAUAUGGACGGAGCAUUAUUCGUUUUCAUCGGAUUCUGCCCUACUUCAUGGUUUUCGUAUCGUGUUUUUCCUUUCAACUUCAAGCUUGGCUUGAAUCUCAAAAGUUUACCAGCCAUGUUUUGAUUACGCAACACCACCGAUUUCAAACAUGCGAGUGGUUCGCAACUGACUCGAAUUUGAAUAAAGUUUCCCGGCUAUCGAUCAAUAAAAUAAAUACGUUAUUUAUGAUAUUUAUCUACUUCGGUCAGUGACAGAAAAAUAUUUUACCAGUGUAUGGAUGUCCCAGCCUUUACAACUAACAUAUAUAUUUUGCUUCAGUCUCUUCACUACCGCACUGGAUGUGAAUAAUCUAAGAGUAUCGCGUAGCUUCGUACACGCGUGUGGAUAUAGCUUUCGACUUUUAUAUUUCUCCUUGCUGCUUUACGUGUUCCCACGUUUUUGUUCGCCAGGAUUGAUGAACAGGCUCUUCAUAAUUACUCUUCCGACAAUAAGAUCAAUAACGACACUCAUUGCAUGUAUCUUGCAUUCGUUUGAAUUGGAAAGGCGUCUUUGUCGUCGUCCCUGUCUUCGACUUUACAUUUCCCAUUCAGUUGCAGUACCCUCAGUUGCUUGGUUUCUCCGUCUGAUAACAGUGAAAGAUCCAAUCCUCUUACCUUGCUUAUAGGUUUCAGGAACAGCUGGACAACUUUUACCUAAAUUGAACAAAAUGUGCGGGCUACAGUAAUCAUAACACUUCUGACUCUGCUUGCUUUUCUGAAUAUAUUCCGUCUUUUUACCCGUUUUCCUCGACUUCCGAUGUUGAUUUUCUCAUACCCAACUCUUUCUAGUCUCCUGGCCUGCAGCUCUGUUUAGCUUACUAAUUUCCGACAACUUCCUUCUAAGUCCAUUUGAUUUAGCUACAUUUGUCAACAACUUGAUUUACUUGAUCUCGAAUACAUGUUUUCUUGUUCUCACAGACCUCGCGAUUGUCCUCCUCACCAGGUAAUCGUAUCAUGUACAUAUUGCUAAACAGUUUCAAAAUCUCCAUGGCAUACAUUCUUAUCUUCGACUUUCAUCAUCCAUUUUCUGGAUCGGUUCCGCGACUCGUUAUCGAUAAAGAAUUAAAAUAGAAUUGAAUUUCCGUUUUCCACUGCUUCCAUCUUCUACCUGCCAUGCACUCAAAUGGCAUUAGUCCCCUAUUGCUGUUUUGCCAUAAUAAAAAGUAAAUCAAUAUUCCCGUCCUAUUUUAAUAUCCUCAGUCGAAGAGGAUUCAAGUGUGGGCAUGAAACAAAGAUUUGUUAGAAAGAUAUCGCACCCUUUUAGCUGACCCUGGCUUUAUUUACUUGAUCUACUGUACUUGUACAUAUACUUAAAAUAAUUUACAUGUUUAUCCAAUAUACGUUAAUAUCACAAACAAGACAAUUUAACGUCUUUUUCCAGGUCGAUGGUCCUUACAAGGCGAUGAUAUUACCUGCUGCUAAAGAAGAAGGCAAGAAACUUAAGAAAAGGUACGUACUCAUUGGUGCAAAACCGUUUCCGUUAACAAUAUGUCAAAGAACCCAAAGAACCUGUCUUGAAGUGGGUGAAUCUACCCGAGGGGUGUAACCCAAAAACUCCAAAAUAUCUCGUACGCCUCGAAAUACAUCCCUAAAUAAUCUUCAAAAAUCCUGAAUAAAUUCCUCAAAAUCUCUGAAAAUCACUAAAAAUCUUCUCAAAUCCCGAAAACACCUCGUACACGUUCUUCGAGUGAUACACCCCUCGAAUCGAACCAAAUUUGAGUCCCUUAAUUAAGAGAUUCGGAUCCGGUCGAAACUUGUUGGCGGAAUCAACACUUGGGCUACGUUUACACUAUACCGGAUAGCAUUCCGUAGCGGCGCGAAAAAACAUCUAUCUGAUGCGGAAUGUACAACUUUCAGAAGCUGAGCGAAACAACAUCUCUCUGUUGCAAUUAUUCCUCUGAAAAUAGCGUUCCUAAAAGGUACGGAUAGGUGUGUUUUCACGUCGCUACGGAAAGCUAUCUAGGGAUGGAUUUACUGGGGGGGGGUGCACCCUCCCUCUAGCCCUGGCCAGAGGGGGUGCAGGGGGGGUGCUAUUUUUCAUGAUAAAGCAAAAAAUAUUAGAGACAAAAUGAGAUACAGUAAUUUGAGCAAUAACAUGAUGAUAAGCGAACUGUGAACAACAAUUACAAUUCAAAUACAGUAGUCAAGCAAGACUUUGCAGUAGUGAAGCAAGUUGAUGGGCGGGCGGCACACAUGACCGACACAACUCGGCACCAGAGCUGGAAGAGCACCCCCCGCCCCCCCUACCAGGCCAUGCUGGAUCCAUCCCUGAAGCUAUCCGGUACCGUAGCCUAAGUUCAUAUUUGCGGCUCUUUGCGGAGUUCGAGUACGUUAACCGAUUUAAAAUACGAUGGUUUUAUAAGGUUAAUAAGCGGUCUUGGCUGUUCAUUAACCAGUUUCUGUAAUAGUAUGUAAUUAUAAGGUAUUGCUAUGUUUAGAUAUGCCGUUUUUAACGAAGACGGAUCAUUAGCUGAAUUGAAAGGUUUUGAAGUAAAGCGACGCGGUGAACUUCAACUUAUUAAAAAUUUUCAGUCUUCAGUGUUUGAAUCUUUUCUGCUCGGAACGAAUUUACAAGAGGUUUACAAUGCUGUUGGCAAGGUGGCAAAUUAUUGGCUUGAUGUUCUUUAUACACAGGUACUACAUCUGCUUAUUAUAUUGCUGCAUUGUUAGUUGGAGUGCUUUUCAUAUAUGAUGCGAUUUACAUUACAUCCGUGCCUCCAGGGGCCUGCCUGCCGUUCAAAGCUGGAUUGGCGUUAACCCUGCGUCAGUAAAUUUAUCGCAUGUUGCUCUGGAACAACAAAACCGGGGUUUUAAGGGACAGAGCUCAAUGACAUGUCCAAUGUGAGGGACGUGACCCACGAAAAGAGGAGCGAGGUAGUCAAGCUCGCAAACCAUGCCCUAUUAAUCCUGCUCUCACCAUUACAUAUGGGAAGUGGCUUCACAACAGUAGCAUCAAACAUUUCCGGUUUCGGAGAAUAAUAUUGGCUUUAAAUUUCAAUAUUUUUGUUAAAAAUGGUAAAAUUUUGAUUCAUUUGAAUUGCACGUAAUUACUACAUAUGUGAACUACGAGUCCUGUUUUUGAUUACUUUUUAUGUCAUUCUUUAGGCUGCAAAUAUGCCUGACACUGAGCUCUGUAACCUCAUUUGUGAAAAUCGAAGCAUGUCCCGAAAGUUGGAAGAGUAUGGAUCACAGAAAUCAACUUCGAUUAGUACAGCGAAAAGGCUAGCUGAAUUUCUCGGAGAUCAAAUGGUGAAAGAUAAAGGUCUCAGUUGUAAAUUUAUAAUCGCGAAGAAACCAGAAGGGUCCCCUGUGACGGAGCGUGCUAUUCCUUUAGCGAUAUUUCAGACAGAAGAUGGCGUAAAGAGACAUUAUCUUCGAAGGUGGUUGAAAAGUCCAGGGUUAACCAAUUUUGAUAUUCGCAAUAUCUUAGACUGGGAGUACUACAUAGAAAGAUUGAACAGUGCUAUUCAGAAGAUUAUCACAAUACCUGCAGCUAUACAAGAAGUAAGUAUACAAAACCUGGAUUAGCGCUAAUGGUUAAUGAUUAGCGUUCUGAGAAAAGAACAAGGCUAUGGUAACAUUCUCCUCCAAACGAGAGCUUAAGAAUUAUUGAGAUUUGUAAUUCCUCUCUAAGGUCCGUUUAUACACUUGCAAUUUUUGGUGCGAUUUCUAAUGCUAUUUUUCUCUUCUGAUGCAUGAGAACGAUUAGAUGAGUUCUGAAUGUUCUGAAUAUAUGUUCCCUUAUCAGAACAUUCGUAAUUCAUCCACUCCUUCACAGUCAUCAGAAAAAGAAAAUCGCAGGGCCUUUAUACUGGCGAUUUUUACUGCAAUUUUCCCCUUCAACAUUUUACUGUGUAAUGUUUCGUAGGUUUCAAAUCCUGUACCACGAUGUCGUCACCCAGAUUGGUUGCACAAACGUCUUCUGGAAAACAACGAUAAAUGUAGACAACGACGUAUUAAUGAAUUGUUUUCUGUAGUUCCAAAGACUAGUGCCGUACUGGUAAGUAAAGGC